AUGGCUGGACGAUCAGUAACUAAGACAAAGACGAUCUCAAGCAGAUCCGAACCUGAGGAAAAGGAGACCAUUACAGACGAGCAUGAUGUUGUUCGCGACCUGCGCUUACUAAGAGCGAUACUUGAACCUGCAAGUGGAAAUGGUAAAGCCGAACGGCCGAAAUCUACAGUAUCAGCACCAACGAUCAAGACAACUACCUCGAGUAGAACAGGGAAGAAUGGCGCAGAGAAGGAAAUCAAGACAGACUUGUCUCUACAUGAGCAGAAGAAGCUUGCUAUGAACAGCUUCAACCAGAAUCUGAAGACCCUAUCUGCCCUCACAAAGCAACGAACGACUCGACAGCCGCAGAGACAUAACGACUCUCAGCCACGCUCAACAACAAACCUUCGCCCUCACAAGAUUAAAGAAACAGAGACAUCGUUUAACCCCAGUUCGAAGACGUUCGCUGAAUGCGCAUGUGCUGCGCUUGGUGUGCUGCGCCUCGAUGGAGUCGAGGACGGAACGACGGACGAGUUCAGACACAAAAGAGAGCAAGGAGCCAUCUUACUGUUGGACAAUUUAAUCAGCCUGGAGUCGAAGGAGUUGGCGCAUAUUGAGGCCACAAAGAUCUACGAGCAACACUGGAAAAGACGGAAGUCAGAUACGAAGCCUGCUUACAGAAAGAUAUAUACUUGCAAGACAGAGCUACGUGCACUACUACAGAGAGACGAAGCUUGUACCAGCAAGAAAGCAUUCAACCUGACCUGUUCCUUCCAAUCCCAGGUCUUGCGCCUAGCUAUCUUGUAUGGUAUCGAGGCUUUAUCAUCUGGUUUCCUGGAAGCUCUUCAGCUGGACGUCAAUGGUAGUCCAGGAAGUGUCGUGUUGACAGGUCAUCAACGUGGCUUCAUCGGUGCCUGUGAGGCUGGUGCGAACUUGAAGGUCAUUGCUCAAGCCCUGACUAGAUUUUCCUCUAUUGCAAGGACCAAGUCUGGUUCCGUUGACAAAGUCUGUUCUUCAUUAAACCUUUUAGUGGAAGCUCAAAUAUACAAGCUUGCGUGUUCCAAGAUGCUCAAGGAGGAAAGCCAGUCCAGUGCAGAAUCGUGGUCAGCUUUGGAACAAGCUGUUCGGCACAUCUCACAUAGCAAUUGUGAGAAAAGCCAAACGUUCUACAAUCAAAUUAAGACCAUACUCGGACGCUUGCAGAGUGCUUUGCAAAGCCACGGACACGAGACGCGACUGCCUAUCAAGCUAUCAGAGCUUCUGAUCGAACUUGCAGAGAGGCACGACGACCCUGAACACAUGGUGGUUCUGCUUACUGACCUUUCCACAUACGGAAGCAGAGACGAGAGACUCUUCUACCUAUGUCGCUUGCUUCUAAUUCACCUUGAUGGACAAUGUGACCAAACCGAGCUAUUGGUGACCAUACAGGAUGUAACACGAAUGUUGCCAGACUUCGUCCAUACUCCAUCAAGUCUCAGGCCUGAUCGCUUGUUAAACAUGGUCCAGCUAAGGAAAGCAUGCUUGAGAAAACUCGUCGCGGGAACAGGCAGUGAGCAGGAACCAAGCAGUGACGCUGAUAUAGGUUCUAAAUGCUUGGAACUACUGUUCUUCAUCCUUCGCUUCUUCGAGGCCGGUCUGCUUGCGCGACCUGAUGCCAAUGACAAGACAGGUCGAUCUAUCUGUCUCGCCAUCCUCAAGACAAUUGAAGCUCUUGUUGAUGUCGAAGCAUACGCGCGUUCUGGUCGCGACCAGAUAUUUCCAGGCUAUCUCGACUACUUGAGUCAAUGCGUUGAGCUCCUAAGGGAAUUAUCGAAGAAAGAGGAGACCAAGGACGCCAUACAGAUCGAUGCCGCGCGAUCACUUUAUGUGAAGAUUUCCAAUAUCUUCUGGCGAGCUCAUAUGCACCCGCAUAUCGCACAAAAAGACGAUGGUGCUAUUCUGGACAUGAUCUCGAAAUCAAUAGCUUGUUUGAAAGGUCUCCCUAUUGAGGACCUUAGCAAGAAUGCUCUGGGUCCGCGCCUAGAGAAGUUUGCGGAUUUGCAGAUGAAAAGUGGACGAAUCGAAGAGUCGAGACGGACCCUUAAACAAGCACUCGAUCACUAUAUAACAAGUGAAGCUUUGUCCGAUGCAGCUGAGACGGCUCUAUCCAAGUCCAAUAGGACAGUGUGGUCAGAUACUGCAUCGCUUGCUGCUCAACUUGGGCGCACACUACGCAACUACAACGCUUCAUGGCAGCAGGACCAGUCCGCAGACGAUCUUGACCACUACUUCUACGAACCCACUGACUUGCCAGACUUCCAUCACGCUGUUUUACUUGAACAUCAGCUGCUCUUCCUGCUGAGAAAGAAACAGCGACCAUUGAGAUACCAAUCACUUUUCGGGAAGCUUCAAAUCGUACUUGGGCUAACAGCGUCAACGAAGUAUUAUGUUUGGAGGUUGAGACUAGUUUCUGCGUUCUCCUUCAGAGCUUCGAAGAUGAUGGACUUGACAGACGAUGACAAAUCAGCACUGAAAGAGGUACUGUCUGCCGUCCUGUCCAGUAAGAGCGAUGGCGAGAAUAUCUUUCUACAAUCGUACUUGGCUGUACUACAGCUGCUCGCUGAGUUGCAAAUAUGUUCGCUGGCUGAGGCUGACCGAAUUUAUCCGGAUGUAAGCGCUGUUGAAGACGUACGGAUACAAGUCUGUGGCUGCACUACCUUAGAUGUCCUCGACGAGGUAGUAGACGAUUGCGAAACUCUCUACGUCAACCUGCGAGCUUUCACCAACCGCACCCUUGCGUUCGGAGAUUACGAAACUACCAAGGCAGCCUUGCAGAUACAAGUUCAUAUAUUGACACUGAAUGUACAGCAGUCGCCUGAGCAGCUCGCCGAAUGCCACAUGCAGCUUGCUCACUGUCACAUUCAACUAGCCGAGCUUGACCUAGCAGACAGAAACCUAUACGUAAUCGAGAAAAUCCUCGUCCAUGAUGGAGGCAAUGAAAGAAACUCUAUUCGAUUUUAUCUAGCACGUGCGGAAUUGGAGCUGGCCAGGCGAGAUUCCGUAAAAUGCAAGCACCACUUGGCACAGGCUGCAGAAUGCUUUGCAAGACAGUAUUCCAAGGAUGCUCCUCGAAGUAGCAGGGAGCAGAUCGAGCGUGAUAGUUUGAUAGCAGCUGGCGCCUUGUUGGCUUCUAGAGUAGCAUUUCGAGAAGCGAGUGCAGAAGUAGCUCAUCGCUAUGCCCGACAAGCUGCUAAGAUUGUGAUCUCGAUCUGGACUGCUCUGCAGUACAAGAGAUCAAGCUAUCCAUCCAGCAAAGAUGGUUCUUCCGUCCUUCCCCUGACACAAGACCUAUCAGUUCUCAAUAUUGGCUUAAAAAGAAACAACGACAAUGAUGGCUCUGCGUUUUGGCCAUAUAUGCAACUGUAUAUGUGCACUCUAGGACAUGCUGCAUCUCUGGUAAGUCACGCAGGACUCUUUGAGGAUGCUCUUCACUACUACAACCAAUUGUCACAAUUACAGUCUGUUCAGCCUUCCUUGCAGCCGGACUUUUCAACCACCUUGUCAAUUUUAUAUGCUAGAGCGGGACAGACGAGUGCUGCGCGAGAACUCCUUCUGGCCUCUGAGGAACUUUCGAGCGGAAGGAAGACACCCGAAAAGUCCGAUUUGAAGCUCGACUAUGUCGAAGGCUUUUUAUUGCUAGGGGACAAGGAUCGUGCUUUCGAGCUGAUGACAACCGUAAAUGCCGUGGUCUGUGCUUCAGAACUCAGCUCAUCGAGAAAGAAAACGCAGAAGAACUUACAAACUGCUAGGGCUCGUCGAGGUCAUAUGAAAACAGCAAGUGUCAAGGUCCCGGCCAAAGGACUAAAAACGGUAUCGGAAGGCAAUAGCAUCGACAUCUCAGAGGUUCCAUCGUCAGCUUCGAUGACGGGACCUUUGAACAUAGCUCAAGCGCUCAGCGAAGAUCGGCGUCAUUCUCUCAGAUGGGAGCUGUCAGCACAGGACUCAACCAAGCAACUAGAUGGAACAGAUCGCAUCAGUGUGCCGGAUCUGUGCUCCAGUCCGCAAUAUCUUGUUCUUGAAAUAUUUGCUGUCGCCAAGUUUACUCUUCGCGAAGCAUGGCGAAGGUUGUGUGCAGAUUCUAUGCAAUCAGUAUUGACGGACAGUGCAGUUGCACUACCCUCAAAGGCAUUGCCAGGCCGACGCAAUCGAGUCUCGCUACUUCGAGGUGGUGGAGAAGAUGUUGUGCUCAGUCCUACAAGAAAUCCGAUGCCAUCGACAUGCCCCCCAACGGCAGAAGGUCCUGAUAGUAUUGCUCAGAUGCUACAUGUCGCGUUGCGCUUGUGUAUAGUUCUGCUCACUGAGCGCAAGUCACAUUGUCCCACCGACAUGAUUCAUACUUUGAUCAAGAUGGAAGCAAGAAUAUCGCUUCUGCUCGCAACCAUGGGUCUACCUUUUGUGGAAUCUUCUAGUGAGCUUGUACUGAGAACGUCCCAACCUAAAGACGAAGCACUCGAUCGUGAGGUGAUGCUUGCAGCGGCAGAGGCUGCCACGCGUGAGCGCGCAUCGCUUCUCAAAUGGCCAAUUGACCUAGUUUCGUCUAACCUCAACAGAGCCGCCAUCGAUAUCCAUCAAAUAGACAAGCUUCCGUCAUCAUGGUCAAUCAUCUCGUUAACCCUGGCUGAAGAUGAAGACGAAUUACUUGUGUCGAAAAUUAUUAAGGGACAAUCGCCUUUCCUGGUGCGAAUUCCUCUUCACAGAAGUAACGAAGGAGAUGGAAUCGAUGAUUUCGUGUUUGCGGAUGCAAAAGCUGAGAUGAGGAACAUCAUCAAGACAGCUAAUGAGUCGUCGCAUGACCCUCGUGGUAUGAGUGACAAGACCGCGAGGGCACAGUGGCACGCUGACCGUGAAUCACUUGAUGAACGACUGCGACUUCUUCUUCAAAAUAUCGAACUCAUCUGGCUCGGCGGGUUCCGAGGUAUUCUAGAUCCCUAUACCGCUACUGAGCAGGAGACCAUGCGCUUCAGUAAAGCUCUUUCUCAAACACUGGGUAACCAUCUUCCUUCAAGACAGAAGACUGCCAGUGACUCUGAGAGAGUUCAGAUUCACGACCACGUUCUUCGUAUAUUCCUUGGCCUCGGUGAUCCUGAUACUGCUGAUCUCGACGAUGCAAUCAUAGACCUUCUGUACUUUGUUGUCGAUAUAUUACAAUUCAAUGGAGAGAAGAACGCUUACGAUGAGAUCGAUUGGGACGCCAUGCUUGUCGACAUCCUUGAUGCUUUACGAGCUUACCAUGAGACACGACCCAGUCUGCCAGCCCGCCAUACGAUCUUGAUACUGGACAAAGAGUUAGAAUGUAUCCCGUGGGAGGCUCUGCCAUGUCUCAUCGACCAGUCUGUUUCUAGAAUGCCAUCACUAGCAACACUAUUCGAACGUGUUGAUCAGAUCCGUCUUCACUCCGAAACUGCCGACGCUCUACCUAUCUCGAAAGGACUAGCUCGUGGGAGCUAUAUCUUAAAUCCUUCAGGUGAUCUGACUUCGACACAGUCGGUCUUCGAACCAAUCCUAGCCUCACACACCGCCACACCGAACUUUGAGCGCUGCAUUAAUACGGCGCCCACAGAAGCGCAAUUUGAGAAAUUUCUCACAACGUCUGAUAUCCUUCUAUAUUUCGGACACGGUUCAGGAGCGCAGUACAUCCGUCCUAGGACCGUUCGUGCUCUACCUCGUUGCGCAGUAACGUUUCUCUUCGGAUGUAGUUCGGCCAAGAUGACAGAGCAUGGCAGACUCGAGAGCUCAGGUAUGCCAAGAGCUUAUAUGCUCGGUCAUGCUCCAGCCGUAGUGGGUUGUUUGUGGGACGUUACUGAUCGUGAGGUUGAUCGAGUCGCACUGAAGGCACUGAGUGAAUGGGGCUUGAUAGACCGAAAUGAUGAGCGAGUGCAGGAAGCGCUGAAAAAGAAGGGAAGAAAAGGUAGGGUAAAAGAGAAGCAGCAGAAGGAUGCGAAUACGCGGCCGAAGACAUUGACAGAAGCUGUCACGGAAGGACGAGGAGCUUGCAUGUUGAGGUAUCUCUGUGGAGCUGCUGUGGUAGUGUAUGGUGUGCCUGUUGUCCUCGAAUGA